UUUCUCAUUCUUUUUCCAGCUAGCGAGCGAGCGCCAGACACCAGACACUGUUACUAAAGAAACAGUACGAAGAACGAUUCUGGAGCGCCAUAAAAGAGAAGAGGCGACCAGGCGCGGGAUGAAUUCAUCGAGAUUGGCGGCAAUGGCGUCGAAGGAGAGGGAUCUGGAGCGACUGAUACCCAUUCAACCCAACAAACAGGUUCAGGAGAGCAUCACCAAUGGUGGCUCCAAUUCCUCUGCCUCCGUCGUCUCCCCCGCCGUCAUCUCCCAUAGCUCCGGCAAAGAGGCUAUUUCAAAGCUAAUCCGGAGCUGGGCGUGGAAGAAAUUCAUCACAGGAAGUGUAAUUUUGCUUCCGAUAGCCAUCACAUUCUGUGUCACAUGGUGGUUCAUCCGAUUCGUCGAUAGUUUCUUCUCCCCCAUCUAUGCCCUCCUCGGAAUCAAUGUAUUUGGGCUUGGAUUUGUCACCUCCCUCACAUUCAUAUUCCUAGUCGGCGUGUUCAUGUCCUCCUGGUUGGGCGCUUCUGUUCUCAGCUUGGGAGAGUGGUUCAUCAACAAAAUGCCAUUCGUCAGCUACAUCUACUCUGCUUCUAAGCAAAUCAGCGCGGCUAUCUCGCCAGAUCAGAACUCGCAUGCGUUCAAGGAGGUCGCCAUCAUAAGGCAUCCGCGCAACGGGGAAUACGCGUUUGGGUUCAUUACCUCAACGGUGCUUCUGCGCGGGAACCUGGCUACAGAGGAGCUCUGCUGCGUUUAUGUGCCGACCAACCAUCUCUACCUUGGGGACAUAUAUCUCGUCAGCUCGAAAGAUGUGAUGAGGCCUAAUCUGUCGGUUCGGGAAGGAAUCGAAAUCGUGAUCUCGGGAGGGAUGUCGAUACCGCAAAUACUGACGACAUUGGAAGAAGCGCAGGCGAUGGAUGGCGAUGGGCUUGGGAAGUAUGGAGUGCCGCCUGUGUAA